UAUUUCCACGUGUAACAACUGUCAGACGUCAAAUCCCAAACUUGCCCUGGUAACCAACGUGUUGUUUUCUCCUAUAGACACCACUUGCACAACUGGACGACUCCCGAAUGGAAUUUUCAUUAGACUUAUUUUAAAAACUGUAUUUUCUGUAUUGCAGUUAAAUUUAAUACCAAAAGAUGAAGCCUGUAGAAGAAGUAGAUAGUGAAGAGGAUCUCAGAUUAAGGAUUUCCCUUUCACCAGUGAACAAAGAGAAUUCCGGUCUGCCUUUUGAAAAAAUAGGGCUAAGACAUCCAACAGCCAUAAUUUUAAUGGUUCUUUGGUACAUGUUUAGUGCCUUUAACCUCUUUGUAAACAAGUAUGUCAUAUCCUACCUAAAAGGGGAUCCUGCGCUACUUGCCAUGAGUCAAAUGUUGAUGUGCAUGUGUCUAGGAUUCAUUCAGCUUAGGUACUCUUGUGGGCUUUUUGUUAGCCGACAUCCAAGUGGUGGUUGGUCUUCUAUUCAGAGGACAAAGCUGUUCCAGAGACCAAUGCUUAUUUUAGGAAGCUUAAGGUUUACUACGCUGGUCCUAGGACUAACAUCACUUAAUUAUGUUGCUGUGUCAUUUGCAGAGACAAUAAAAAGUUCUGCACCAUUGUUUACUGUGAUGAUUUCUUCCGUUUUUACAGGGGAAAAAACGGGAAUGUAUGUCAAUUUGUCACUGGUACCAAUCAUGGGUGGCUUGGCGCUGUGUUCGGCCACCGAACUGAGCUUUAACAUGCAAGGUUUUAUCGCUGUUCUGUUAACAAAUUUGUCAGAAUGUUUGCAAAAUGUUUAUUCAAAAGUGUUGUUAAGCAGCGAACGACAUAAGUACGGGCCGGCGGAGUUGCAGUUCUUUACGAGUUUCGCAUCAUUUAUGAUUCAAAUAAUGGUGAGCUUUGUGCUCGUUGAUUGGGCAAAGGUGCAAUUAUCUGCCAUGCUGGUAGGUGCCAUGCUACUGAAUGGAGCAUUUUUCCAUUUCCAAAGUAUUACUGAAUAUGCACUCUUGGAGCAUAUCACGCCAGUCACGCACAGUGUGGCGAAUACGGUAAAGAGGGCCCUGUUAAUUUGGCUAUCUAUUAUUCUUUUUGGUAAUCCGAUCAGCCUUUAUAGCGGGAUUGGAACACUUGCCGUUAUCGCAGGAGUUUUAGGCUACAACAAAGCCCGUCAAUUAGACGCUCUCCGAAUCCAACGUCUAAUUACGCCAGAUGGCUAUCCCCUGAAAAUUGCUCUCUAAAAUGCUGUGUGGCAUUGUGGACAUAGGUCGUAUUCUGAACUGUCCAUUCCGUCCUCAGCAAGACAUAUUUCACCUUUAUUUGUUCAAAAGUAAAUUUUCGAUUCCAAAUUUAUAGUGAUCCAAUGUUUCCCUCCAAACAACGCGCUUUUUGUCCUUGCAAGUUAUUUAAAGAUAGAACGUGUCGUUCCUCGCCCUAUUUCACGUGAAGCUAUCCAUAAAUCAAGACCGGAUGCUACCGAUGUUUCUAGAGCAAUGUUGGAUUAGUAAAUGCAAAUACAAAAAAAGCUUUGGGUUUUUA